GACAUUUUUCAUGCCUAGAUUAUUCACCAAGAUCCUGUUUGCUGCGCUUUCCAUCUGACGAAAUACAGGCUUCGCCAUCUGACACGGGCAGCGGCCGCGGUCUGCCUGCAGCUGAGGGGAGAGUGCAGGCCCUGCCCGGCCCGGGCCCGGAGCUUGUACACCCGCACGACUCUGCCAGCAGCGCGUGAGAGACACGGCAAAGCCACACGUAUCUGACAGCACAAAAGCCUUGCUACAGCUCUCACAAAUAGCAAACGCAUUGGGUAUUCCCACCUGCACCCUUUUUGAAUUGCAUCAAUUCUGAUUAUGAGCCAGAAAGAAGAAGAAAUGGAGGACAGUUCCCCGCCACUCUGUGUCACCUGCGGCCAAGCGCAUUUACCGGAAGAAAACCACUUGUACAGCUACACCGAAGAAGUAGAUGAUGAUCUGAUAUGCCACAUUUGCCUGCAACCUUUGCUUCAGCCAUUAGACACGCUCUGUGGUCACACCUUCUGCACAGCCUGCCUUACAAACUUCCUUGUGGAAAAAGACUUCUGCCCCAUGGACCGCAAGCUUGUGAUUCUCCAGACGUGCAGGAAGUCCAGCAUACUAGUGAAUAACCUCCUGGAUAAGCUAAUGGUUAGCUGCCCUUUCACAGAACACUGCUCAGAGGUUGUGCAACGUGGUCACCUUGAACAGCAUUUCCAAACCCAAUGUAAAGGAGCAUCCCACUAUGGCCUUACCAAGGAACGGAAGAGGCGUUCCCAGGACUGCUCUCCGGACCACGGCUCCAGCUUAGCGGUAGCUGCCCUGGGCCCUGAGCUCUCAGCAGCUGCGGCCAUCGCCUUAAUGACAGAUGAGCCAGGGCUGGUGAACCCGGCCUUCAGCCCCACCUCAGAGGACAGCCAGCUGGGGAGCAGCCCCGGAGACCUGCACCGCAGCAACCGGAACAGAACUCGACACUUUGAACGUUCCACUAUAAGAAGCAGAUCUUUUAAAAAAAUAAACAAGGCAUUCAGUGUUCUUCGAAGGACAAAAAGUGGAAGUGCUGUUUCCAACCAGACUGACCGGGAGAGGGAGGCUGUUGGAAACUCUGCUGCUGGAGAGGAAGAUUCAGAAUGCUCCUUACAACCCCCCGUGACAAAAACACAACACUCUGUGGGAAAACCUGGAAGAAUCACCAAAAACAAGACAGAAAGUUUCCUUCUUUCUAGAUUCAGCAGCUCUUCGAUAUUUAAGGACUGGAAAUAUAAAAUGGUAAAGAAAGGUUUUCCCAGGUUGUAUCACCUGAUUCCAGAUGGAGAAAUAACCUGUAUUAAGAUCAGCCGUACUGAUCCCCAUGAAAAUCUGGCCAUCAGGAUUGUGGGAGGCAGUGAGACCCCUUUGGUUCACAUUAUUAUACAGCAUAUUUAUCGAGAUGGGGUAAUUGCCAGAGAUGGAAGAUUGCUGCCUGGAGACAUGAUACUAAAGGUAAAUGGCAUGGACAUCAAAAAUGUGCCUCACAACUAUGCCCUGUCAAUCCUGAAGCAACCUUGCCACGUGCUCCGACUGACGGUGCUCCGAGAGCAGAGGUACCGAUGCCGAAACAGCGGACUUUCCCUUGAUGCUCAGUGCAUUAGGGAUGACAGCUUCCAUGUUGUGCUAAACAAGAGCAGCCCAGAUGAGCAGCUGGGAAUAAAGCUGGUCCGCAAGGCCGAUGAGCCAGGGGUAUUUAUCUUCAACUUGCUGGAAGGUGGCAUGGCUGCCCGUGAUGGACAGCUGCAGGAGAACGACCGGGUGCUGGCCAUCAACGGGCACGACCAUCGCUACGGCAGCCCAGAGAGUGCAGCCCAGCUGAUUCAGGCCAGCGAGAAGCAGGUCCACUUUGUGGUGUCACGGCAGACCAGGCAGCAGACCCCCGACCUCUUGCAGGAGACCGGCUGGAGUUACAGUGCUGGCAGCUCUUCUCCCACCGAGAGAAACAACCCCGGCAAGACCACUCUUCACACUGUCACCUGUCAUGAGAAGGUGGUGGCUGUCCGGAAAGAUCACACAGAAUCGCUGGGGAUGACUGUGGCAGGUGGAGCAUCUAACCGGGAAUGGGAUUUGCCUAUCUAUGUGAUAAGUGUGGAACCUGGAGGAGUGAUCAGCAGAGACAGCAGGAUAAAAACAGGUGACAUCCUCCUGAACGUGAAUGGCAUUGAUCUGACGGGAGUUAGCCGGAGUGAGGCUGUCGCCCUGCUGAAGAACACCAACUCCUCAGUGGUGCUCAAAGCCCUGGAGAUGAGAGCAUGUGAAGCCCAGGAGGAGCGGGGUCACCUGCCACCCCCUGAGGAGACACAGGUGACCUCUGAGAGCAGCGAGUGGUCACCAUCCUGGGUGAUGUGGCUGGGGCUGCCACGGUAUUUGUACAGCUGCAAAGAAAUUGUAUUACGAAGAAAUACAUCUGGAAGUCUUGGCUUCAGCAUCGUAGGAGGUUAUGAAGAACAUACUGGGAACAAACCAUUCUUUAUCAAAUCCAUUGUUGGGGGAACACCAGCAUAUAAUGAUGGCAGAAUUAGGUGCGGAGACAUCCUCCUUGCUGUCAAUGGCAGGAACACAUCAGGAAUGAUGCAUGCCUGCUUGGCAAGGAUGCUCAAAGAACUAAAAGGAAAAAUUACUCUCACAAUUGUGUCGUGGCCUGGCACAUUUUUAUAAAACAAGUCUUCAUGGAGAGUAUGACAAGUAUCUUAACAUGGGGAAAAAAUUUAAAAAAGGAACAUUAGUCUUGGCUUUUGUGGGGGGUCAAGUAUGUAUUUGUAAAGAAAAGGUUUGUGAAAUUUCAACCUGCAUGUCAAGAAAAGUCAAGUUUAGGCAAAGCAGUGACACCUGUCAGAAAAUCACCUGGAGUGAUCCAAGCUACAGACUUAAGUCCUUCCUUCCCUGUGUUCUUAAGGAUUUUUUGUUGUUUUUUUAUAUAUAUCUAUAUACCUAUUUAAUGCAUUAUAAUAAUAAUGAAAUUUAAGGAGCAACAGCUUCUGUGCACCCACUUUAUUUUGAUUUACAAAAAGAAAACCUUGAAUAACUUAUGGAAAUAUUUCUUGCAAUUUUUCUAGUUGCAAUAAUCAGGUGAAGGUUUUUAUCCAACACAUUAAUAGCACUUUGAUUAUGUGUACCUUUUCAUGGUCAGCAUGAAGCUGGUAUUUUCAAGACUUUCAAGUACUGUUUGUUAGUCUGUAAAACUGUGAAUGAAAUUUCUAAAAUAAUUAAAAAUAAUUGUAACUGU